GAGCUAUCCGGGUUUGAUGUGGUUUGGCUCGCCAAAAAACCCUUCAUGUUCUGCACCCGAAAGCAGCUGAGGAGUGUUUUGUUUUUGAUUGUUCGAAUAAAAGGAGGAAAGUAUACGUUGUAAUAUUAAGGUUAAACUUAUAUAAAUAUGUCUAAAACCGACUUGACUCCUGUAGUUGCUAUGGAAAUAUUAAAUAAGACAUUGGAAGAAUUACAAACACCUGCUAAUGUUCAGAAAUUGGAAGAAGCAAGAGACAAUGUAGGAAAUGAGAUGCUUAAAAUGAUGCAAUUUUUAUUUCCAAUAGUUAUGCAAAUUCAGAUGGAUGUAAUUAGAGAAUAUGGGUAUGCAGAAGGACGAGAAGGAAUAAUUAAAUUUUCGCAAAUGCUAAGAAGCUUAGAGCGGGAAGAUCCCGAAAUUUCUCGUCUUCAUAGUUUAAUUAAGAGCUAUUAUUUACCCCCAGUUUCUGUACAUACUACAAGUGAAUCACCAGUCGAAGAAAAAGCAAAUAGUACGUGACCUAUAUAUUUUUUAAAUACGUUUAUUGAUAUUAAAUUAUUUUACUUUAUACUUUAUUAUACUAAGUAAAUUAUAUGU